AUGUCUUCGCUGCGCUGCGGGCGUCUGUUCACCAGUCAACUAGUGGUCCAUCAGCAGGGGUGGCAGCUGCUCUUGGCUGAGCAAGUGGUAGGGGUUUCAGAGGAGAGCGGCAGUUGGGUGACCUACGUCGCCAACAAUCAGUCAGGCACUGAGCUGCUGGGGAUUCAGGCAAGGAAGAAGGAUCAUUGGCCGGUGCAGCGCAGUGCGUGCAGGACGCGCUGCAUCAUUUGCGAUCAGAAGGCCGCGGAGGGAGCGGAGGCAGAGGAGAGCAGGACCACCAGGUGGGUGCACCAGCAGCGGGCGGCGGCGGAGCUGGGGGAAGCUGUGUGGGAGGGGCUGAAGCUCAGGCAAAAGGACGUUGACUUUGCGCAGGAGGCGAGCACACCAGAGGGCAGCAAGCGCGAGGCGGAGGAAGUGGAGCGGGUUAGGCGAGAUCUGCAGCGCAGGGCAAACGCGGAGCCAGCAGUGGCCAGGGCUGUGCUGCUCGCUCAGGAGUUCAUCGGAGAGUGGCGCGAGUUUGAGCAACGGCACAAAGAAUUCCCGUGCGGCAAGGUGUACGCAGCGUUCGUGGCCAGCAACGCGGCGGGAGCCGCCUGCAUUGGACAGGUCCCUGACCCAGCACAGCACCUCCCUGCUGUCAGGUUGGGGGGCCCUGUCAGCUGCGCCAUCUGCGAGCGUUUCCAGCCGCUGGAGGCGAGGGUGGCUGUCUGGCGGGAGGCGGAGGCGCUGAUGGCAGCGCGGGUGGAGCACGCCAGGCGGGAGAAGGAAAGGGAGGAGCAGGAAGCGAAGGCGGCGUGGUGGCGGGAGCUGACCGAGCGCGUGUCUGAGGUGGAGUUGGUGCCCAAUCGGUUGGCAGAAGCGGAGGAGGCCCGAGCAGCGGGCGGCCGCCAAGCGGGAAAAGCGUAG